AUGUCGUAUCAAAGAGCUGAAGUUUACUCGGCGCAAGUGUUGCCCGGUGACCAGCCUGAAGACAAUUCCUUUAAUGAGAUCACCAAGGCGUUCCGCUCAUUUAUCAUGGAGUUUCGUCUUAACAACUCGUUCAUUUACAGAGACCAGUUGAGAGAGAACUUGCUCAUCAAAAACUACUUUCUCAAAGUGAAUUCCGAGCAUCUAAUCGGAUUCAAUGAGGAACUUAACAAGAAGCUCUCCGAUGAACCGGCGGAAAUGGUGCCUCUUUUUGAAAACGCCAUCACCGAGAUCGCUAAAAAAAUCGCUUUCCUCUCUUCAGAAGAUAUUCCUAGAGACUUCCCUCAGUGCCAAUUGAUCUUGUAUUCGAGUUCCUCAACAAUCUCAAUCAGGGACCUUGACUCCGACCAUAUUUCUAAGAUCGUCAGAGUCAGUGGAAUUAUCAUCUCUGCGUCGGUGCUCUCUUCAAGAGCCACCUCGGUACAGUUGGUAUGCCGCAGCUGCAAGCAUACCACGAGAAUCAAAGUUAAUUCUGGGUUCGGUCCCUUAAAUCUCCCACCUAAAUGUUUGGCUACACACAAUGAGAAUGAGGGCAGGCCAGAAGUGAAGUGUCCUCCUGAUCCUUAUGUGGUCGUGCACGAUAAAUCCACCUUCAUCGAUCAGCAAAUUUUGAAGUUACAAGAAAGUCCUGAUGCCGUUCCUGUAGGUGAAAUGCCCCGUCACAUUAUUGUUCAGGUGGACCGUUACUUGACGAACCAGGUGGUUCCAGGUACUCGAGUUACAUUGGUGGGAACAUACGCCAUCUAUCAGUCAAAGCAGAGAUCUUCGAGCUCCAACAAUACUGUUGCCCUUAGAAAUCCCUACCUUAAAGUGUUGGGUAUACAGACAGAUGUCGAUACGGCUGCUCAGGGCCUCUCGUUCACAGAAGAAGAGGAAGAAGAGUUCCUUCGUAUUUCCCGGUUGCCAAACUUGUACGAAGUGUUCUCCCGCUCCAUCGCUCCCUCAAUUUAUGGUAAUGACGACAUCAAGAAGGCCAUCACAUGUUUGUUGAUGGGAGGUUCAAAAAAAAUAUUACCGGAUGGAAUGAGAUUGCGUGGUGACAUCAAUGUUUUGCUCUUGGGUGAUCCUGGUACAGCUAAGUCCCAGCUUUUGAAGUUCGUCGAGAAGAUUUCCCCAGUAGCCGUUUACACCUCCGGUAAGGGUUCCUCUGCCGCUGGUUUGACUGCAUCAGUACAAAGGGAUACCCUGACAAGAGACUUCUAUUUGGAAGGCGGUGCUAUGGUGUUGGCAGAUGGCGGUGUUGUUUGUAUCGAUGAGUUUGACAAGAUGAGAGAUGAAGAUCGAGUGGCAAUCCACGAAGCCAUGGAGCAGCAAACAAUUUCCAUUGCUAAAGCCGGUAUCACCACCGUGCUCAACUCUAGAACAUCAGUAUUAGCCGCUGCUAAUCCAAUUUUCGGUCGCUAUGAUGACUUGAAGAGUCCUGGUGAGAAUAUCGAUUUCCAAACUACCAUCCUUUCACGUUUCGAUAUGAUUUUCAUUGUGAAAGACGACCACAACGAAUCGAGGGAUAAGCUGAUUGCUCAGCAUGUCAUGAAUGUUCACACUGGUAACAGUCACAAUAACAAUGAACACCAGGAGGGCGAGAUUCCAAUCGCAACAAUGAAGCGUUAUAUUCAAUACGUCAAAUCGAAGUGCGCUCCAAGACUUAGCCCCGAGGCGCUGGAGAAGUUGCUGUCGCAUUUCGUUGCUAUCAGACGUCGUUUGCAAGUAAACGAAGCUGACAUGAACGAGAGAUCCUCGAUCCCAAUCACUGUUCGUCAAUUAGAGGCCAUCAUUCGUAUCACUGAAUCAUUAGCCAAAUUGACAUUGCUGCCUGUCGCCACGCUGGACCACGUAGACGAAGCUAUCAGACUCUUCACUGCCUCGACCAUGAAUGCUGUUGACCAAGGAAUUCAGAGUGGAAAUCUUAUGGCAUCUGGCAAAUUCGCCGAGGAGAUCAGGAUUGUCGAGAAUGAGUUGAGAAGAAGGUUGCCAAUUGGCUGGUCCACUGCUUACAGAACCCUUCGUAGAGAGAUUGUCGAUGCUGGCAGAGCAACGCCAGAGGCAUUGGACAAGGCUCUACAUAUCAUGGAGAGACAUGAGGUGAUACGAUUCCGUCAUCAGAGGCAGAACAUCUUGCGUGUUGGUGUCUAA